AUGACAGCCUCCGUGCUCCUCCAUCCUCGCUGGAUCGAGCCGGUCAUGUUUCUCUACGACAACAGCCUGGAAGAGAUCAACAAGAACAUGGAAGCGGGGUUCCACGCGGCAGCCGCGGCCGCGGCUGCAGGCACCAACUUCGUGGCGGCCAACCAGUGCCGGAAUCUGAUGGCUCACCCAGCCUCGCUGGCCGGUCCGGGCAGCGCCGCCGCCGCCGCCGCAUAUCCGUCGAGUGAAGCGCCCAGCGCCGCCGGAAUGGCAGAGACCGGGGCAGCUGUCAAGCAGUGCAGUCCCUGCUCGGCCGCCGUGCAGGGCUCAUCGGGCCCCGCCGCCCUGCCCUACAGCUACUUCAGCAGCGGCUAUUUCCCCUGCAGCGUCAACCACCACCACCACCACAACGCCUCGUUCAAGUCCUGCGCCCAGCCUGCCUCCUCCUCCUCCUCCUCCUCCUUCGCCGACAAGUACAUGGAGACGUCGGUGGCGGCUUCCAGCGAAGAUUUCCCCUCGCGCGCCAAGGAGUUCGCCUUUUACCAGGGCUACGCCGCCGGACCUUACCAACCCAUGCCGGCGGGUUACCUGGAUAUGCCGGUGGUGCCCGCGCUCGGCGGCCGCGGCGAGCCCAGGCACGAUUCCAUGCUGCCCGUGGAAGGCUACCAGCCCUGGGCCAUCCCUAACGGCUGGAACGGGCAGGUCUAUUGCCCCAAGGAGCAGAGCCAGCCUCCCCACCUGUGGAAAUCCGCUCUGCCGGAUGUGGUUUCACAUCCUUCCGAUGCCAGCUCCUACAGGCGUGGAAGGAAGAAACGAGUGCCUUAUACAAAAGUUCAGUUAAAAGAACUGGAGAGGGAAUAUGCUACAAAUAAAUUCAUUACCAAGGACAAGAGAAGAAGGAUAUCGGCUGCUACAAAUCUCUCAGAGAGGCAGGUCACAAUUUGGUUCCAAAAUAGAAGAGUGAAAGAAAAAAAAGUCAUCAACAAAUUGAAGACAAGCAGUUAA